CGUUACAAAGAUUAGCUGGGAACAAAGCGCUGAAUCCAGACAACGCUAGUUCGCCAGUCAACCGUGCAAGCAAGCGCAAGUCAGAACGUCGUCUGUUGGGGAUUUUGAAUUGUUUAAAUAGUGAUUUACUUUGUAUUCGGGACCCAGCUCAAUAGUAAAAUAGAUAAGGCGAUUUGACGUUGCUGGCAUAUCGGUCGCCAGUAACAGCGAAGUGAUGGCAGAGCGCGAGCAAUCGCGCGGCGGAGGCCAAGAAGGCUUGGAGGACAUCCUCCAACAGCGGGACGAAGGAGGACACCAGAAUGGCGGAGCACCUAGUUACCCGGAGGGGGCCGAUGCGCUGGACCUCGGCAGCGCAGAAACCGUCACGGUGGCGGAUGAACUUAACCUUUUUAAGGCGCUAAUCAACGACAACGUUUCAAAUAUCGUCAUUUCUAACAAUAUCAAAUUAAAUGCCGAAUUUUGGGGGAACACAUGGAAGGUUGUAAACAUUACGCGCAACCUGACAGUGGAAGGGGCAAGAGUCGAAUGGGAAUCUUUUAUUGAACUGGAUUUUAGCUUCAUACAGUCCAAGCCAUCAUAUGACUUUUUUGCGACCUCCCCCUCCUCAUCUACUGUGGCAUGGCUCGAAGUCGUUGACCGUCUCAUGCUUUGCAUGCGCUUCGAGUACGCUGUACCAGAGUGGGGCGCCAUGCCCAGAUCGCCUGCUUACCCAGGACAACAGAACCUGACUUUCAACAACGACGUAUUUUGCAACCGUGCAGCAAGCCGCUGCUUCUCGCCAGUUCUCCAUGCUGGAGACUGGGCCACGAACGGCAGCUCAGGUUACCAGCUGGUGUGGUCCAACAGUAUCCACAUUUGCGACGGAUUCGUCACUCAGGAAUGCAUCGAUGAGCACGGGCCGUACUUGUGCUACGCACUGUCGUUGCAGCCUGAGGUCUCCAACGCGCUGGCGCGCGGCCAUUCAACUAUGAACCUGCCGGGGCUUGUUGCGCAGCGCACAGAGGAGCAGCAUCAGCAGUCGCAGUCACAACAACGAGCUCCGCCAUCGCCACAACAGUUGCAGACAGCCGGCACCCUGGACGGAGGGGGCGGAGGGGGCGGAGGACUUCGAGGUCCACCCCGAGUGGGGGUCCUUGCUGGAUGCGUCGUUGCGGCCCAGCGGAGGGCCCUACAGCUAUAUCCGACGGUGCCCAGGGUAUGCUUGCCUUCGUUUGUCGCCCAACCACAAACCAACCAACCGCCCAACCAACAACUUGAUGGAAGCAGGGCGGUGGUCUACAAGGGCUCCUGGCGGGGUUUAACAGUGGCUAUCAAGGUCAUCAGCCACCACGACCGACAUAAUACGUUGGAGGCCAUAGAGAAUGAGCUGCGACUCAGUCUCAGCUUUGACCACCGUAACAUCGUACGAUCGCUGUCGUACAUCACAUGCACGGUAGAUGCGGACGGCAACCCUACUCUCUCGAUGCUCUCAAGGGAAAGCGAAGCCCAGGGCGCGGCUGCAGCGGCGGCGGCAAGGAUGGCGGCGGCGGCGCCAGGGGUGGCAGCGGCGGCGGCGCCCAAGCCCGGUCUCCACGACGGCCCUGGCCCUGGCGGCGCCGCCGCCGCCGCCGUUGAGCUGCCCUCCCUGAGCACUUUGGCGUUUAGGGAGGGCAGCGCGUCGGGUCGACUGGACGACUUCUAUGCUGCCAUGAUGUACGACGGUGCCUGCGGAGCCGGCAAUGCCGCACAGCCGCAGGCCCCUCAAUGUGGGACUGUGGCGGAGACGUGGGUUGUCCAGGAGUAUGUGGACCGGGGGCCCUUAUCUGCGCUGCUGAAGCAAGGCGCCAUGCGGCGGCGAGUGGUGUGCUGCGCGCUGGAUGUGGCCCGGGGGCUGGAGUACAUGCACAGCCGCAAUGUGUGCCACGGGGACCUGAAGCCAGGAGGCCCUCACUGCCCCCUCCCCCCUAACUGGUCCAUCGCCACGUGCGCACGUAUUGUGUCCAAAUUAGGCAACAUCCUGCUGAUGGAGGACCCAAACAGCCCUUGGGGGCUGGUGGCCAAGCUGGCGGAUUUCGGUAUGAGCCGUGCGCUGGCCACCGACAGCACCCACAUCACCACCCGCAACUACGGCACGGUGGCAUACAUGGCGCCCGAGGUCCUGGGGAGUGGCAAGGUUGGACCCGCAUCUUGUAUCUACUCGUACGGCAUCCUCCUCUGGGAGCUGGUUUCGGGGCGACCGCCGUACCAAGGCAUGCUGCCAGGCCAGAUUAUAAAAAAUGUGUUGGUGGAGGACUUGCGACCGGACUGCACCGCCAGCAACAACAACAACCAUAACCACAACAACCACACCCCUGCCGCCACCACUGCCACGGCCACCACCACCGAUGGCGGCAGUAGUAGCUGCAGCAGCAACCCCGGGGGGGUGCCUCUCUGGUACCUGGACCUGACACACCGCUGCUGGGACAAGGAACCCGGGCGGAGACCCUCGGCAGGGCAGGAGGGGGCACCACCACCUGCAUAG